AUGGGGAAAACGUCCAAAGACAAGCGAGACAUUUACUAUCGCAAGGCCAAACAGCAGGGAUAUCGCGCACGCUCGGCUUUCAAGCUGCUGCAGCUAGAUGACAAGUUCCAGCUACUACGUGGUGCCUCGCGCAUCGUAGACUUGUGUGCGGCUCCUGGUGGCUGGAGUCAAGUGAUCGCUGAGCGAGUGCUUGACGAAAGUCAAAUCGUCGCCGUAGAUCUCAUGGAAAUGGCGCAUCUGGACGGUGUUGUGCAGCUGCAGGGAGACAUCACUCACAGGGAUACAGCCGACAAAAUUGUGGCACAAUUCUAUGGCCAGAAGGCGCAGGUCGUCGUGAGCGACGGUGCUCCUGAUGUCCUUGGCCUGCACGAUUUGGAUGAGUAUCUUCAGGCGCAGCUCGUGCUUGCUGGACUUAAUAUUAGCCUACAGAUUUUAGAAAACGGUGGUACUUUUGUAGCCAAGCUUUUCCGAGGCAAGGAAGUGUCGUUGUUAUAUGCCCAGCUGCGCCGGUUUUUUUAG